UUUAUUUAGUCGCAAUAUUUACGCAUGUACAAAGUACACAUGUAUAUAAAUAGACUACACGUACAGAUGUAUUGUUGUUCCUCCUGCGCCAGUUUGUAAUGGCAGUUACAGUUCUAGAUCUACAUUUCCAACGAGAAUUAAAUAUCACACAAGGAAGUUAUCUAACCGCAUAUUAAUGCACAAGUGAUUGAGCUGCUCAGGAAAGCAGAUCUACAGUUAGUGGUGAAGGCCGAGUAGAUAAACUAUUAGGUCAAUUCAUACUGUAUGAGAUGCAUAUCAAUACUUCAAUGAAAACCAAAGAAGAGUCAUGGCAACACAAAAUCCUUCCCUUAUUUCACCAAGAUGACUAUGCUUUUAUAAAAAGGUUGCAAUUUUGCAACACAGUAACUUCCUGGUAUGUACAAAAAUCCCUUUUGCAACAAAUUCUUAUACAAAGUAUACUGCAAAAAGGAGUGGAUAUAUUGUCAGUAGUGUGGGAAUGUAUACCAAAUUACACCAUAUUUCAAAACCAUAACGAGAACACAGAUAAUGAUAAAGAGGAACGUACGGGUUACUCGUCACCGGAAAAUGUCCACAAGGAUUCUCUGAAAUGCACGUGUUACGGAGACAGUCUUAGAGGGAACCAUCUUAGAUAUUUUGAAAAGACAUUGACAGAAUUUCAUAUUAUCGAAAAUCACACAAGGAAGGAGGAGCCGAAAAGUUUAGAAGCAUUCAAAGACGUGAUAGGAGAGGUUAUUGCAGGGAAAGACCGUGAGGAGAAAUGGUUAAAUGAUGCGUUGUUUUCAUUAAGGGCAUUUGAUUUACAAACAAUAUUAUUGUUUCCUGUCAGAGGUAGUAUAAAUGAAAGUUUUGAAAAACUCUUGAGGGGAACACCAUGUGAUGAUUAUGAGAUAAUGAAAUUCGAAUUUCAUCGCUUUAGUUCAUUUGGCAACUACAGUUUUCCAGAUGUACCGAGUGGUAUACUUUUGGCAAAAUCGGGAUGGUAUGCAACAGGAUACGGAAGAGAAGCUAAGACAUUUUGUUGUUGUGUAGUCUUUUCUGAAUGGAAGAAAAGCGAUGACCCCCUUUCUAUUCACAAAAGGUUGUCACCAACAUGUUCAUUUCUUCUGGGGAAGGAUAUGGGACAGAUACCUUUUCAUGACGAAAUUGUACAUGCCUCAUUCCCAUCGCAUGUAAAUGGAAUUGAUCUUGGACUACCUGAUAGUCAGAUGAAACACUCAAGAUAUAGUCCAAGUGAAGAAAUAAUAUAUGAAAGAGCAAAUAAUGCAGAACCAAAAAUCGAUGAAACUGCAACGGAAAACGAGGAAACAUAUCCUAGUGUAAGCAAUGAAGAAAUGAAUGAAUGCGACAACGAAAACCAUAAUUAUGAAGUAAAAUCUGAUCACGUUGAAUCAAAUUUGAAUUGGAACUUUUCAGGUCCACGAUACCCUCAACAAUCAGACCUCAAUACUAGAAUUCAAAGUUUUUCAGCUGUUAAUCAAGGCAAUUCGUCCAAAACAGGUUCAAUUUUCCCCAUUGCAAACAAAACUGCAAAUGAAUUUGCGGAGGCUGGUCUAUUCUACCGUGGAUUCCGUGACAGGACUUCGUGUUUUCAUUGUGGUAUCGGUCUUCAGGAUUGGACAUCAGUUGAUAACGUCAUAGAAAGGCACUUCCAAUCUAGUAAGAACUGCCCAAUCGCCAAAGCAUUAAUGCAUCAAGCCAAUAGCAGUAACAGGACAUCUACGGUUGGAGACGUUAUUGUAUCUUCUGAUAACCGGAACACAGAAACUGACAUAAUUUGUGCUGAACUUAUGGACAUGGGAUUUAGUUCAGAAUCAGUAAAGCAAGGUAUUGAGAGCCUAAACCGAAGAGGAUUAUCAUGCUCCAAAGAGACAAUUAUUAAUGAAAUUUUGGACAACCGAGGAACCCUUUCUCUGAAUCCAAUUUCUGGAGAUGGAUAUCACACUUUAGAUGAUAGAGAUGUCGACCCCACUAUGCAAAGUCAGGAUGUGGAAACAAACCAAAUAUAUUCUCAAAAUACUGAAAGGGUGUCGCUGUCCGAUAAUCCAACUGAGGGAGCUAGUUUAAAACCAAUUUUGAACCAGCAAAGUGAUGAGGAAUUGCGACAACGUGUUACAUGUAAGGUUUGUUUAUCAAAAGAAGUUGGAAUACUUUUUCUGCCUUGUAGUCACUUGGUGGUAUGUACUGACUGUUCCAAGAGGCUGCGAAAAUGCCCAUUGUGUAGAAGACACAUCAAAACAAAACAACCCAUGUUUUGGUAAAUUUAAGAAAUCGUACUAUCUUUUGGACAGCUGCAUCACUUUAUUUAAGCUUUAAUAUGCACUGUAGUUGGUAAUAUAAAGUUGAAAUGCAUGUUGUAUUUUUAUUCACUGUACGUUGUAUUAACAAUUUUAUAAUAGUAGAGAAAAUAUAUAUUUUAUUUGUAUAGAGGUUUAUGAGCUGCAUACAUUUUUUUUUUUCAAUUUAUACCAUUUACUUGAAAAAAUACUCGAUCCUUUCAAAUAUCCAGAUAUCUCGAUUGCUCUUAAAGUUAUGUCUGUUACUUAUACGACAUGCUAUUUGCAUAAUUUUGUUUUGUAUGUACGUGUACAAUGAAGAUGUUAUUUAUAAUUCCAGUGUACAGUUUUACUAAUGGACAUAUGGAAGUAAAAUAUAUGUUUUAUUUAUAAAGUUGUCACCUUGUAUGUUGUAAUUGAAAGGAAGCUGAAUAAACAAUGAGUCAAUCUUUAA